AUGGCUUUUAAUGGAGUUGAAAACGUAGAGUAUGCCUUUACUCACACAGAAAAUCCAAAGUUAAAAUUACUAGAGGUGUUUGACCAAAAAUAUUUAGGGGGUUGCUUGGUAUUCCAAUCCAGAGAACUUAUGGGGAUAGUGUAUGCACUGGAACAUAACAAUUCUGAACACAUCAUGCUCUCAGCACAAGAACUUCUAGACUAUUUGCCCAAAAAAUUUUCAGAAAAGCACGGGCGUGAAGAUGUCACAGCCCCAUUUUCAGCUCCAACCAGAUUUAUUAGGGAAUAUCUCACCAAGUAUGGUAUUUGCACGGAAACUGAUUAUCCUUUCAUAGGCAGGCGAAGCCAGGAGGAUGAAAUAAAAGAAGUUGAUUUGUUAUUAAAAUAUAAAGCCAGUAGAGUUAUCAGAACAAAGAACUCACCAACAAGGGAAGCCUUCAUACUUGGAGAAAUUCAAAAACAUCCUUUGAUUGGACUUUUGCAUUCUGAUCAACUUUUGUCCUAUCUCAAAAAGGGACAUGCUGUUAUGAUUACUGGUUAUGGUGUUGUAAAUGGAAUCCCCUGCUAUGAAAUCAAGAACACUUGGGGUAAUGCAUGGGCAAACAGUGGUUUUGGCCUGGUCAGAAGAGAUGCAAUUCAUGCAUUUUUGUCUUUUGAAGGAGUGCACAUCGAAGCUCCUUUAUGA